AUGGCUACGACGCAUUCAGAGUACAACGAACAGACUACCGCAACAGAAGUUGCGAGCGCAUUCGCAGACCAAAUCCGCGGUAGAAAUGUGGUAAUCACCGGUGUCGGCCCUAAUAGUUUGGGUGAAGCUCUUGCAUUAGCGAUUGGAAGUCAACAACCAGCCAAAUUGUUCCUGGCAUCGCGCACAGAAUCCAAAGUUCAACAAGUUGCCGACAAGGUGAAUGAACUGUCACCUGGAACCUCAGUCGAAGCAGUGGUUUUGAAUCUUGCGUCUCAAAAAUCAAUUCAUGCUGCCGCAUCGAAGAUUCAGAGCGAAGUCGAUCGGGUGGACAUACUGAUCAACAAUGCCGGCAUGAUGGUACUGGAAAAGGAGACAACCGAGGAAGGAAUUGAGAUCCAGUUUGGCACCAAUCAUAUCGGGCAUUUCCUCUUCACCAACCUGCUCAUGGAUCGGUUGAAGAAUGCUGCGAAAUCCUCGGAAAGCGGGUCGGCUCGAAUCGUCAACGUGACCAGUGCUGGUCAUCGUUUGUCACCUCUUCGCUUCCAUGACUAUAACUUCGAGGGCAAGGAGGUGCCUAUUGAUGAGAGACCCCCCGAUGGCUUGCCUCCUAUGUUCAGUCCCAGUGCUGGGGGCUACAAUGGAUGGUUGGCGUACGGACAGUCUAAGACAGCUAAUAUUCUGUUCACCGUUUACUUGACCCAACAACUGGCAUCUGCCGGUAUUGUGUCGUAUAGUGUUCAUCCUGGAUCAAUCUGGACUGGUCUGAGUCGAGGCCUUGACGAUAGCGGAAAUGAGAUCAUGUCCAAAACUAGCAACUUUUGGAAAACAGGGGACCAAGGCGCUGCAACUAUGCUUGUGGCUGCAUUUGAUCCGGCUUUGAAUGCUGUUUCCGAUCCCUCGGCGGUCUACCUAAGCGACUGCCAAUUCGCACAGACCGCACCUCACGCGGUAAAUGUCGACGCUGCUGAGAAGCUACACCAUUUGAGCGAGGAGCUUGUGGGAAUGAAGUUUCCACUGUGA